AUGGACGACAGUCGAAUUCCUACCCCCUCCAAGGAACUUUUCAGCAGCAAUUCCGCCGCCAUCAAUAGUUUCAAGGCUAUCAACAAGAAUCUGAACAGGGGGGGAAGCAGGAGCUCCCAAAAGCUCAUUCGCGAGGGAAUGGACGCCAUCGCCAGAGCUGUUCUUCAGCAAGUACAAAGUCACUGUCAAGGAGGGGAUUUACACGGCCGUGUGCUCAGCGAGGUCAAGAUCCUUCGGGUUGGACUGUCCUACCCAGCAUUCUGGGGGCACGAGGAGCGAACCCUCUACGAAGACAUCAUUAGGAGAGUUAUGCCUGAGUUCCCUGAUAUUUUCACGACCGACACAGAGGUAGACUUCCACGUGGAAAGUCUAGCUUCAGCACAUAACUUAUUCUGGAACCAACGCCUCCACAAUAAGAUUCUUCGAAUCUCCGACAAGCCUGCACUUUUAGUCUUCUUGGACUUUGGCGGCUACACUUUGAACGGCUGCAUGUUUACUGUUGUUCAGGGCAAGAAACAGGUGUUUAGCUACUAUAGAGUAGGCGACACAUUCUGCACAAGCGGCGGCACUCAACUGUGGGAGCAAGCCUUCGGGAAAUUUGCAAUAGAAUACUGCGAAAAGACGCUGAAAUCCAAGCUACCUCCAAGACAGCGGACGCGCCUUUUUCAAGACUUUCAUCUGCAGAUCAAGAAGUUCAGCUCGGACAAAAUCAAGGAGAUGUCGCUGCAUGUCACAGAUCCGCAGAAUGCAAGGAAAUCGUUGACGGUUUAUCUUUCGGAAGAAGAAUCCAAGGGCUGCUUUUGGGAUGGGCUGAAACGACCCAUCGAGUUGGCAAAGAAGAAGAUUGCCGAGGCGGCAACUCUCAGCAACAGGGUACGAGUUGUAGUUUCUGGCGGAAGCGGCAAAAGCUCCAUGGUCCAGGCCCACGUCUGGGAGGCGUGCAAGAAAGCCGAAAUCGAUGAUCCCUUCUUUUUUCACGAAAAGGCGGGAGAUAAGGAUUCAUGGAAUAUUUCCAAAGGAGCGGCAAUUGCCACGGCGAACACCAUGACGGGCCUGGAGUUCAUGGAAAGAGGAGCAGCAUUCGGAAUCCAAGUUGGGUACUUGAAGAAUUACGACGGCUCGGCAUGGAAGAGAAAGCAGUCAGCCAUCGCGAAACCGACUAUCUUUUGGCAAGAAGAGAUCAAAGUCACCGCUGAUGCAACGAAGUCUUAUCCUUUCACAACAUGGUGUUCUGGGCAGAAAUGGCUCAAGAUCGUAUGUGAUCCGUUCUUACAAGUCUCAGAACGCAAAGAGGAUCUUACGGCUUCACUGAGCUACGAUAUCCUCGAUCUCCCUCCACCCAAAAGAGGCUACUGGCGUUUCACUCAUUCUAUUGUCUACGACGGUGAUGCCAUGAUCCUUUGGCUACACAGAGACUAUUUGGGGAGCAACAAAGAUGCACCUACAGCCAUGGAAUCUGAGGCUCCUUUCUCCUGCCCCAUGUAUUUUGAAAAUUCUUCAAAUUGCUUCUUGCUCGACACGGAUGUGGAUGAUGGAGGUCGUGGUCUUCGACUCAGUGAAGAGGGAACGCUUACAUCCUGCACUGUGGAUUCCGUGAAGGAACAGCUGAUAGGCCUAAAGGAAAGCACACGGGACCAUUGUCCGCCUCGUAAACGCCAGAUACAGGUAUCGGAAACGUCGCCACGGACGAAGAGGCGACAACCCGGAUGGAAGCCCACUGGUCAUCUCCCUCCUUUUCGACCACCUUCAGCGGCAAGCUGCGAUUCAUCACAGGGGCAAAACGAAAGAAUCUUAGGUGCACAGAUUUCAGUUGUUGGUAACACCCACGAUAGUGGCUCUGAUUCCGAUUACGAGCCUAUCAGUCAUCCAGGGACGCCUCCAACAAGAUCGAUGAAGACGAGAAGUGGCUCAUUACGGGAACGAGGCGAGCACACCCAGUCGUCAGUCGAAUUGGGAACCGAGUAUUCGCAAACCCCCUCAGAAUACGACAGUGACGAUGUUCAUCUUGCCUCUUAA